UUUCUGGAGUGUUCUGAGCGGAGGCCUUGUUGACUGAGCAUGCGCAUUGGUCUCCUCGUUUUUCCAGUUCGAAAAGGAACCUCGCCGCGCUGUCGUAGUAUAGAUAAAGUGACCGAGAAAGCCGCUUCAAGUUUGAUAACAGAGUUCAUGGAAGCUACUGCAGGUCUUCACGUCCCAGAAGACCCCAUGACUGGAAUGCUGGAAUCAGAGCCCCAUGCCAUGGCGAGUAAUGGGGAAGCGCACCCUCCUGCUCUAAACCAAACCGCUGACUGGACCAUGGAGCCAGCCGCCCCAGAGCCGAGCAUGGAUUCUGUAUCCGGGGCAGGAGACCACCCCAACCCGCCGUUGCCACCGCCUCCUCCUCCUCCUCCAGAGGUGGGCUCAUUUGAGAAAGGCGUGGAACAGUUUCAGAUGGCCAAUGCGCCACUGUAUCCGAAUGAGCAGCCGCCGCCACCGCCGCCGCUUCCACCUCAGCCCCCAGAACAGCCGCCAGAACUCAAAGCCGACCCCGUGGCUGCUCAGCCGCUUAACCAGGAUGUGACCAAUCAAGAUGGCACUGAGGCGUCACAAGCGGCUGAGGAUGGCAUGGAGCUCGAAGAUGCCCCCAAAGACGCAGCUCAAGAGGCCGCCGCCCAGGAAGCAGCCACCCAGGAAGCAGCCGCUCAAGAAGCCGUCGUUCAAGAAGCCAUCGUUCCUACAGAGCCAGAGCUCCCGAGCGAGUUUGAAAAGCUCUUGAAAGGAUGUGAAGACAGUCCGGAAGACUUCAACGCCUGGGUCUACCUGCUGCAAUAUGUGGAGCAAGAGAAUAUUCUCGAAGCAGUGAGGAAGUCGUUUGACAUUUUCCUCCUGCGCUAUCCCUACUGCUACGGCUACUGGAAGAAGUAUGCGGACAUAGAGAAAAAGCAUGGCUACAUACACGUGGCGGAGGAGGUGUACCGGCGAGGCUUGCAAGCCAUCCCGCUCAGCGUGGACCUUUGGCUGCACUACAUGACCUACAUCAAGGAGAACUCUGACACGAACGACCCGGAGACUGAGGGACGCAUUCGAGCGGCAUACGAACAUGCAGUGCUCGCAGCCGGUACAGACUUCCGCUCGGACCGCCUUUGGGAAUCCUUCAUCACCUGGGAGACAGAGCAGGGAAAGCUUGCAAAUGUCACCGCCAUCUACGACCGCAUCCUGGGCAUCCCGACGCAGCUCUACUCUCAGCACUUACAAAAGUUUAAAGAUCACGUGCAGAACAACAACCCCAAACACUUCCUGUCUGAAGAGGAGUUUGUCCAGCUGAGGCUAGAGCUCUCUAAAGCCAACCUGGCCUCCAUGGUGGGUGAAGAUGGAGAAGCGCCCGCCCCCCAGGAGGACUUGCCGCCUGGCAUGGAGGAUUUCGCCGACCCAGCCAAGAGAGUGACAGAGAUCGAGAACAUGCGCCACAAAGUGAUCGAGGCUCGACAGGAAGUUUUCAACCACAACGAGCACGAAGUCAGCAAGCGCUGGGCUUUUGAGGAAGGGAUCAAGAGGCCGUACUUCCACGUUAAAGCCCUGGAGAAGACUCAGCUGAACAACUGGCGGGAGUACCUGGACUUUGAGAUGGAGAACGGCACCCCAGAGCGCGUGGUUGUUCUCUUUGAACGCUGCCUCAUCGCUUGUGCUCUCUAUGAAGAGUUCUGGAUCAAGUACGCCAAAUACCUGGAGUGCUACAGCACCGACGGGGUCCGGCACGUCUACAGGAAGGCGUGCACCGUCCACCUCCCCAGGAAGCCCGCCAUCCACCUGCUGUGGGCUGCCUUCGAGGAGCAACAGAGCAACGUGGAAGAGGCCUGCAGCAUCCUGAAGAACCUGGAGGUGGUGGUGCCCUGCUUGGCUAUGGUUCGUCUGCGGCGGGUUAGCCUGGAGCGUCGGCGCGGCAACCUGGAUGAGGCGGAGGCACUGCUGAAAGAAGCGGUGGAGUCAUCCAAGACCACCACUGAGACGUCCUUCUACGCCGUUAAGCUGGCGCGGCAGUUCGUCAAGGUGCAGAAGAGUCUGAGCAAGGCCAGGAAAGUACUGCUGGACGCCAUCGAGAGAGACCAGACGAGUCCGAGGCUUUACCUCAACCUGCUGGAGCUGGAGUACAGCGGCGACGUGACUCAGAACCAGGCCGAGAUCAUGGCCUGCUUCGACCGGGCCCUGAAGAGCCACAUGGACACGGAGUCGCGCCUCCUCUUCGCCCAACGCAAAGUGGAAUUCCUCGAGGACUUUGGCAGCGACAUCCAUGCGCUGGUAGCUGCUUACGAAGAACUACAGAACCUGCAGAAGGAAGUUGAUGCAUCAAAGAGUAAGGCGGAGAACGGCUACGACAGCUCUCAGGAACCCGAUGCCAAGCGGCUGCGCAUGGACGACGGCUCAAUGGGGGCCGCUGCCGGGACGGACAUGCAAGCAAACAGCGCGUACAAUUACAACAACUGGUACCAGCAACAGUAUGGCGCCUGGAGCCAAAACUCGUGGGGCCAGUACAACCAAUACGCCCAGUAUAACCAGUACUACCCUCCUCCUCCGACAUGAUGGACGCAAUCGUGAUCUCGGUCUCUCAUUAGAGAAUGUGUCUUAGCUUUUCAAAUUAAAAGACAACCAGCGCCACUGUUCCAAAUUUUUUGUUUUGGAUAGUUUGAAUCGAGCUAAUUAUUUCAAAUACUUUGUAGCUCCUGUUUGGCGUCAGGCUGAAACCUCUUAUGUCCAAAUUUGGUCAGUGUCUUUUUUUUUUUUUAAACAAAUCGAUACUAUAGGAAAAUUCCCACGUUGGCCUGUCAUUUUUUACAAGUUAUUGACCAAUAUUAAGUGUUGAAAAUGGCAUGCUCUCUUUGACAAUGCAAUGUUUAUGGCUCAACAAAUUAUUAUUAUUUUUUUUGGUUUCAUGAAAAGUGAUGGUUUUGGAGAUAAGAGGAUUCCUCCCUGACGCCAGCGUCAUGAUGCAUGUUGUUUGUAAAGACUGGCUUACUUGCACCCCCACCCACCCCUGUGCUCUAGAUGGGAAGGCUUUGUUUUUCAUUCUCCCUGUGGGUCUCUAAAUUUAAAGAAUUUUUGUUUCAAUAAACCCCAAAUGAAGAGUCCCUGUUUUAUCUUUUGUCUUGACUUGAUUUCAUAAUAAACAGAUUAUCCUAA